UUGUAGUCAUCACCAACAGUGAAUCUGUGAUAGCCACCUCCACCAAUGGUACGGCCAUCAAAGAGAGGCUCUCACUCUCUGCCAGAAAGAGGUCUACAGCUGACCUUGACAUCUCAACUCCAAGUGGUUUAGCAGAUGGACAAUCAAUCAUUGUGACUAAGCUAACACAGAGAGAUCUGGAGACCACAUACAGUUCUGAUGCCUCCACUAACUUUGUACCUUACAUACAAGACCCAGCAACAUCUAAUGACAUGGUCCAGAGACUUCUGUAUAAGAGGUUUUAUGGCCAUGGUUUCUCUUUCUCCUUGGUUCCUCUGGGAAAUGUUGAACUACCUGGCCCUCUUACCAUGUCUUAUCCUGAUAGUGUGGGAAAAGUGACCACAGGAAACAGGACAACUUUAGUUCAUUGGAAUUCAAAUAUGCAGUAUUGGGAGAUCAGUAGCAAGACCUGCACUCAUCUAACUGCAGAGGAACAAGAGAUGUAUGAUCCUAACACACAAACAAUGACUGUCAAGGUAUGUAGUACAUAUAACGUUGAGCCCAGGCCUGCUGAAUCACGACAGAAGAGAUCUCUACAUCCAGCAUACUUCAGCAGGGAGACUAUGUUUAUACUGGCAGAUACCGCAGCAUCCAUUUAUAACUCACCACCCAGUCUUAUCAGUAUAAAAGAUGUAAACAUUCUGGAGGACUCAGGAAUUGUAAAAUACCAACUAGAAGCAACAGAUGAAGAAGGUGAUACCAUUAAGUUCAAACUUCAAGACAAAACUUUUAAUCUGGGUGGAGCUACUCUGUCUUCUGAUGGACUGUAA